AUGCUUCAAAAUGGAGCCAGUAAGCACAGAGGUGAAGAUAUCAGGAGCAGACAACAUCCAUAUCAAGAGGAAAACUGUCCCACCUUUCGCAGUUCACAGAUCAAAUCCAAGCGCAGCAGUUCACCCCUGAGCUCAGUCAAGUCCAUGGCUACCAAGGCCUCUGUUACAUUGGAGAAUGAUCUUAGACGGUAUGGCUCUUUCCUCAUUCAAAAUUCCACCCCACAACAGCAGAAUACCAACGAAAACACAAGCAAACAGCAGCUUCAUUCCCGACAGCUAAGACCGUCAGUACUACGCAAAGGCAACCAGCCUUUCCCACAGGAUGUUCACUCUGCUGUGCACGACUGGGUUGUGAAUACUGUGUGUAAGACAGAACCUGAAAGCGAGCAGUCCGAUUUUGCCCCGUUUUACAAUGGCCAAUCAGAGAGCAGAAGCAAAGCCUCCGGGUCAAGUCCUCAGCCAAGCAGCACAGAACAUACUGAAAGGAAUGCAUAUUCUGUUCAAGAGGACUUGCUUUGUGUUAAAGGACAAUGUCGAUGGCCAGGUUGCUCAAAGAGCAAGGAGGUGUUCAAAGAAUAUGCGCAUUUCCUAAGACAUCUGUCUAAUGAGCACGCUCCUGGAGACAGAAGCAUAGCCCAGCUGAGGAUGCAGAAAGACAAGGUGCAACACAUGGAGAAUCAGUUAACUUCAGAAAGACAGAAACUUCAGGCCAUGCAUCUACACCUGUUCCAAGCCAAAUCUUCCUCUGAGGUCAGUACCAGUGUGGACAAACUAGGCCAUCUUUCUGGACACCUACAACCUGCUGUGUGUCAAAAUGCAAAUGGUCUCUUUGACACUGAGCAGGUGGCAAGUGAUGCAUUAGCGCAGGGAUACUGGCAGAUCUCUACCUCACAAGUUAUACCAGGAAUUAUCCCCAGUUUUGAGUAUUAUAAAUACACAAACAUCCGGCCACCGUUCACCUAUGCCUCCAUGAUAAGAUGGGCGAUCCUAGAGACACCAGAGAAACAACUGACUCUCAAUGAAAUCUAUCACUGGUUCACCCGCAUGUUCUUUUAUUUCCGACACAACACAGCCACAUGGAAGAAUGCUGUUCGGCACAACCUGAGUCUACAUAAGUGCUUUGUGCGUGUUGAAGGAAGGAAAGGUUCUGUUUGGACAGUGAAUGAAGAGGAAUUUCUUAGAAGGAAAGGACAAAAGUUACACAGGGACCAGGAUAUGGGCUGGAUGACACCUUUUCACCUGUUCCCUUUGACUCCACAAGGGGAAUCUUACCAGAUGUGAGGGACCUCAAACAAUACUCAACCACUAACAAUAUUAUCUUUUAGAAUAAAUGCAGUUUAUAGGAGCAUUGAUCUCAGUUAAGACUGUUAUACAGUAAGUUGAUGCAGAUUGAUACAUUUACACCAUGAUG